AUUCAACUGUUACUUUUCUAACCUCAACAUUUUUGUUUAAGUUCGUUACGAUCAGACUUGUUGAUCAGUUCCGUCACGUUAUGUGUAAAAGUAUAAAUUAUUCAUAUUCGUGUAAUGUACUCAUGAACAUAAACAACAGUUGUUAAAUUAUUCCGUUACUAAAACAACGAUUAUUCACACAAAAUGUUGAGUUCCCAAGAUGCUAUCGACGUUGACGCAUUCCUGACCGCUCGUAAAAAAGCCCUAGACCUAGAAAACUUGCGAUUAAAUAAUAAUAACAACUCUGCCACUUAUAGUAUCAACACUAAAUCAGCACCACCAGCAAUCCAGGAUGAUUACAAGCCUGUAUCUGCCCAGCACACCAGCAAUGCACAGAUUGCUGCCAGCCAGUCUGAGGAAAAGGAAAACCUUGAGCAUCCGGCCGAUCGGACCUGCUCCAAUGCACUAGGACCAGCCGAAAAGCCCGCAGCGCUCGCCAGCCACCAAAGUCCUUCAAACCAGUCACAGAAUGUACAUUUAUUGACAAAACAACAUUUGAGUUAUGUAGAUAUUAGUAAAGAGCCAGCUAUACAUAAUUUGUUUAGAGCGGAUGCUAGUACUAGGCCUGCAAUGUUGCGUUAUGGCGAUUACAGCCCGAGCAAUCUGCACUUGAGGGUGCCCGCACAUCCGCAUUUAGGUUUUGGCGAGUAUGACAACCAAAAGAGGCGGCAAUUCCUAAGGCAGCAACUGCGUAACGAUCAUAAGCAACACCUUGAUAAGACGAAUGAAUUACUUAAAAGUGACCGCGCGUAUCAUAAGGCUGUUCAAACAGACAUACAAAACGUGCGUUACGAGUUGAUACAAUACUCACGAGCAACUAACUUGGAAACAAAUACUGCCGAAGGGGACCUUUUUGGUCUGCCGUCUACCAAUCUUACAACAAUCGAAUCGUGUGUGAUGCACAAUAAUCGUAGCCCGGUACUGCAUAGAUUAGAUCAACGUAUUACAGCCGCACACAGUAACCUGCUGAAAUCCGACAUGGACAAACCGAGGGGUAUCCUAACGAAUCGCAAUCAAACACCAAGAGAAAGACUGCUCUCUGAUUUGAAGCACAGCUAUCUGCCCUCAACGGGAAACCUGUAUAACGGCUACAGUGUGAAUAGUUAUAGCGAGCGCAACGAGCAAAUGGACCGAGAGCGCAUCAAACGAGAAAUAUAUCAAAACGAGCUACGCCUUCAGAUUGAAGAGAAGCGACGGCUGGCCACGAUGCGCGAAGAACAGGAACGCAAAGAGCAGGAAUUGGAAAAUAAGCGAUUGGAGCAGCAACUGUUGCGUAUGCAGGAAGAGCAACUCAGGGAUGAACAACGGCGCAAUCGGCGCGAUUUGAUACGACGCAAUAGCGACGACUUUGCUACGCGCAAACAAGAGAUGCAGAGUCGUUUUCGGAAGCAUGCCGAGUCCGAAAGUGGACUAGGCGGCAUGCGCACCGCUACCAAGCUGUCCUCGCACUAUUCACCGCCUGUGUCUCGACGCACGCUCGCCGUAGGCGGUGGGUCCGUGUCUGCCUCGGCGUUGCCAUACGCUUCUUAUGGUGGCGCGUCUCCAGGCGCUUCCUCCGCCAGAUACAAUCCGUCGCGCUACGAUACGUACGUGCGCAAGAACAUGCUGAAUCGCAUGGACUCGAUCAACCAUUACGUCCCGCUCGACGCCGGCCUCUCGCCGUCGACGUACGCCGGCCACUCACGUUCCAACCCUUCUUCGUUUAGCCGCUACGACUCCUUGAGCCGGAUAGACGCACUCAAGCAACAGGACGCCCUUAGCAGCAGACUGGAAUCGCUCAGUCUUAAUGAGAGUCUCAGCCGCGUGCAACGACGUCACAGUGCUACUCAACAGGACCUCAGUCUAAGCUCGGCUCGCCGUAGUCCUAAGUUACAACGGCGUAGCAGCAGUGGCCGCUUCGAUGAUACUGUGAUGCCAAUUCCGUUGCUGAAGGCGCACUCGCCGGUUGCACGCGAGCUCAAGUACUCGCAAGCGGUCACCUCAGCGACGAGUCGAUACAGCAGCUCGGAGGCACUGCGCAAACUGGAGGACCGGUGGCAGAUACCGGCAGUACAAAAGAAUCCGAGCGCUGGCGUUGGCGGGCGUGCUAGUUCUAGUUGUAGGAGCGUUCUCACGCAGCUCGGAGCGAUUCGGAUGCAGCUGCAGCGCGAGCAGAUGCGGAUGGACGAGACGAUGAGGGGGCGCGAGCGCGCCGCCGUCGCGUCCCACACCGGCGACACCUCCCAAGGCUGUUGAUUAACAAUUAGGUAAUACACACACAAAAUACAUCUUAACUAUUUCGCAAACGAUAAACUACAAUCUAAAAAAGAAGAAAUACAUUAAUUACACCUAGCGAGUUAAAUUCUAAGACAUUACAAGAUAAUAUAUUAAAAACAUUCAAACCCGGGCCGCCUGGGCGAGAGAAUCGGAUGUGUAUAAAAAUAAAGGCAUACUACUGUUGAUAUUCUAAACAAAGAAAAAGAGAAAUAUGCAUAUAGUAUUGUUAUCGAUUCGGGUGAUUUUGUUUAUUCAAUAUUCAAAACUUCCCCUCUCUUUUGGUUUGCGACGACACACAUUCCGUAUAUUGUACAUAUUAUAACAUAAUUACUAUCCUGAGACGAAUACUAACACGAGUAUUACAUAUUCAAUCAACAAUUUUCAUUACAACGCAUCUCGUUUAGAGCAACCAAGAGUGCGGGCGCGUUCAUCAGGUAUAUAAAUGCGACUCGUUUACAUUCGCAUGUAAUUAUUACAUAUUACGUCUCUAGUGAAACGAAAAAAGACGCAACACGAAGCUGCCGAGCAUAUUUAAAGCGAGAAUACUUAAAAUAUCGAAUAAUUUGUUAGUGGGCUUUCUAUUAUACUGUUGUUGUGUAUUUCAUAUAUGCAUACCUAUUAUAUUAUGUUGUUAUUGAAAAAGAAAAAAAAAAGAAAAAUAACGAAGAAAGAAGGACGUGAUUGUGAGUAUUAUCCGAGAGCACAAUCAGAUCAUAAAAAUGUGAUUAUCUUCUA